AUGCCGCAGCGGGACUCCUGCGAUCGCCCGCCGUUCCUCUCCAGCUUCCUGUCAGUUCCCGGCCCUCCUUUCGGCUUGGUCUACGCCAGGAAAAAUAUUGCGUUCGUCACUCUUGGUAACUCUAUCGGCAUCCUGGAUACCUCGAAAAUCAAACCAACCUUGACUCGCAAAUUCCCGCUCCCCCGUAACGGUAGACCACAAGGCAACGCGUUUGGAUUCGCAAUUACUGGUGACAAGCGGCACCUAUAUGUCGCCAGAGGCUGCGGAGCAGUCAUCAUAGAUGUUGCAAAGGCCAUCGCUGGCCACAAAAACCCGGUGAUUGGCCGACUAUGCGGCAACGCAGGUACAAGCGCAAUCAAAGUCACGCUGGCAGCUGGCGAGGGUUAUGCUUUUGUUAGCCAGGAAUAUGGAGCCGGAAUCACUCACGGCCGAGGAGCAAUUGAAGUCUUCAAGCUAACCAGGAAGCCUGGUGGCUUGGUGUCGAGCACUUAUGUGGGCUUUGCAGAGCUCGGCUAUGCAGUCGUUGGUAGCGCCCUGUCGCCUGAUGGACAGGUCCUCUAUGUUACCAGUGAGUUAAGGAGCAAUACAACACCUCAGAACAAAACCCCGGGUUGGGUCUCUGUUCUUGAUGUUGCAACUCUGAAGACAAAUCCAUCCCACGCUCUCCGUUUCCGUGUCGAAGCAGGCUGCCAGCCUGUCCGGGUUGCACCCUCAAAGGACGGGAGGUACGUCUGGGUCACAGCCCGAGGCAGCAACAAACUUCUUGCCUUCGAUGCGGAAAAGUUGAGGUCAAAAUCCCCAGAUGCACUGCUGGCGAGUGUGCAACUUGGCACGUCUCCUGUCAGCUCUAUCCUCGUCAAGGGCGGACGUUAUAUAAUCACAUCGGACUCAAACAGAUUUGGCUACGCCGGAGCCACCACUGGUCUCACGGUCGUGGACGUUAAAGCGGCUUUGAAUGGGAAGCAGGGUUUUCCACGAAUCCCCACCGGGUCGUUUCCACGUGAAUUUGCCGUCAGCCCAGACGGGAACACGCUGCUUGUUGGGCAGUAUGGUAGCAAGACAAUUCAGGCCAUCGAUAUUGGCCACCUAGGAGAUUGA